UUAAACGUAGUGGUUACAUACUCUUUGGGUUCGGUCGUUGUUGCGUUUUGCUUCACCGUCAAGCGCCUGGGUCGCUCGCGGUGGACGUUACUUUACUGUUGUGUUUAUUCUAAAUGGCUUUUUUCGGUUUAUAAUAUACUAAGUUCGGAUUUAUUUAGCUAGUGUAACAAUAAUGAUGGUGUUUAUGAACUCAUUUUGUAAGAUUUACAUGUAUUAGUGCAACAGGCGAUUGUAAGUCGCAAAGGGCUCGUGUAAACAUAGGGGGACGUUGUAAUUACAACAUGCCUACGGACUCUGAAUGCGAGUGCGACCUGGUGUCGAAGGAAUGGUUGUUAGCGAAGUUGCGCUCCGACGAGAGGGAUACGGUACUCAUAGACUGUCGCGGUUCCAAUGAGUACUCAAUAUCUCACAUCCGCUCCGCAGUGAACUUUUCGAUACCGAGUAUUAUGUUGCGACGGUUAGCGGCAGGGAAGAUCGAGCUCGUGUCCACAGUGCAGUGUAAGGAGCUAAAGGCAAGGAUCACGCAUUGUCGUUCUCGAGGCAUAUUCGUGUUGUACGGAGACGGAGCUCCACGGGACCCCGACUCUGUUCAUGGAAUCCUGCUGCGAAGGCUAAAGCAAGAUGGCGUGCAGGUCGUCUGCCUUGAAGGAGAUUUUGCGGAAUUCCGACGCGCCUAUCCAGAAUGGUGCAGCGAAGCUGGAGCUCAGCAUGUACCGCAUCUUCCGCUCAUGGGUCUACGGUCGCUGCGUAUCUCCGGGUCUGGUUGCGAGGAGGCUCUGUCCUCGGGCUCGUCGUCCGAGUGCGAAGACACGCACGGCCACGUCCCGCAGGACUUCCCCAUCGAGAUCCUGCCCAACCUGUACCUCGGCAACUCCACCAACAGCGAGGACUGCGAUGCGCUCGCUAGGCAUAAUAUUAAGUAUGUGUUGAACGUGACCCCAGACUUACCCAACACUUUUGAAGCGGAGGGUUGCGGUAUCAACUAUUUGAAAAUACCCAUCGCGGACCAUUGGAGUCAAAACCUCUCCGUACACUUUCCACAGGCCAUAAGAUUUAUUGAGGAGGCGAUGUCGGCGCGCUGCGGCGUGCUGGUGCACUGCGUGGCGGGCGUGUCGCGCAGCGUGACGGUGACGCUGGCCUACCUCAUGCAGCGCCACCGGCUGUGCCUGCGCGACGCCUUCGAGCUGGUGCGCUCGCGCAAGACGGACAUCGCGCCCAACUUCCACUUCAUGCGGCAGCUGCACUCGUUCGAGCGCGACCUGGGCCUGCACGAGCACAGCGCCAGUCUGAGUAAGGUGCUGGAGGCGCUGGGCGCGCGUGAGGCGGGCGGCGCGGGCGCCGAGGCCGGCUGCGGCUGCGCGGCGCCGCAGGGCGUGUCGCCCGACUCGGGCAUCGAGUUCGACCGCUGGAGCGCGGCGCGCGACACGCCGCAAUGACAGUUCUUCUCGGCGCCGCAGCGGCCCCCGCCCCCCUAGUUCCCGCACCGCUCCCCCCGCGCCGGUAGCGACCGCACUGCCGGCUGUGAUUUAUCUGUUAGUACUAAGUGAGUCGGUUUAACGUAAAAUUAUCCUUUAUACAUAAGUUAAGUCAAUUUUAUAAGUUGGACAUAUAUCUGGAUGUACGACUUGAGAUGCAUUCCCGAGUAAUCUUCCAUUACGCUAUGCAUUUUGUAUGAUUAUGAAGUUAUUUUGUAGUGCGCGCAUUGUACUAUAUUAUUAUUAUUAGGUUCACAGAAUUUUGAACCAUUGACGAGUUGUGUUGUCCAUUGAUGUUUAACCUCUGUGAGGGUGACGCGCCGUGUAGAAGAGGAGACUACACGUCCCUAGUGCCACAGCAUUCAAUCCAAAAACAUAAUACAAGGUAUUAUUUGUUAAGAUUGGAAUUAUUAUGAGUGUUCGAUUAUUAUAUUUUUUUACAUUGAAUUAAGUCCAUUUUUUCGUAGAACAUUGUAAUGACACGGGGCUUCUAAUAUCUCUUCCAUUGUUGUUGAUAUAUGUAUAUUGUAUUGUAUGAGAGUGAGUGCGCGGACGAGCGUGUGAUAUUAUUAUAUAGUCGUAAUAUUGGUCGUAUGGAUACUAUAUUUACAAUUUUAACGCUACACUAGAGACCACAGGUGCUGGCUCCGACUUAUCACCGUGUGUCACUCGACCGACAUAUAUUUACAAAUUGAUAAAUAUUUUAUACGAAAACAGAUAUAGGAUGAAUGACUAUUUGAAAUUAUUUUUAUAUUAGUUUACUACAACCGGUCUUAGAAUCGAUUAGCAGCAGAACAAUAAUGGAAGUUCUGGUUUGUGGUCAGUAACAAUUAGUGUGGAAUCUAUUUAUAAUUCACACCUACUACGUAACAGUUCGAUUGAUAAGGUCUUGAUAUGACUAUUUUUAUAUGAAUUAUAAUACACAGUAUAUGCAGUACUCUAGUUAUAUAGAUGCAUAUUGGAUAUGCAGUAACACUCUCAAAAUUGCAGUGAAAACCCGAACUCGUUAGUUGUAUUUUUAUUUUUCUUGCUAAACGUACAAGGUGCUUAGUGCUAGCUUACAAGCAGCGAUGGGAUAUCGCACGAUCAAGUACAAAUAUAUUGAGAUUCUCGUGCGAAUACCUUAAAACGCUACACUUAAAUGUUUUAAUCCACACGGUUCGCCAUUAUAGUCAUAUUUCUCACGAUUAUUUAAAGUAAAACUGUGGAUUUACAUGCAUGCAUGUUGUUAUAAUGUUAUGAAAAUCGUGUGGUAUAUGUGCCAAUCCUUUGCCUAAUAAGAUUAGUACAAGCUUAUUCUAUAGCCAUUAAAGACAGGUUAGUUACGAUUAGCGUGAGUACAGUUUAUUUUUUUAUACUUAGCGUAAUACAAAUUGUGUGAUGUGACGGCAACGAACCUUACCGCUUAGCCACGGUAACUGUGUAGGUCUAGGCUGUACAUCCUGUACAUUAUUCAGAUCGUGUUAGCGAGUUCGGGCUUGAGCCGCAUCGUACAAAACCUCCGCCUCGCAGCCGGGCAAAGACACUAAAUACGUGAUAUUUUAUUUUACUAUUGGCGUUUCCAUUGGCAUUUAUCAUUUACUGAUUUGAACAUAAUUAUUAUAUAUUUCUAUAUGUUGCGUAGUUACAUGAGUUAUAACCGAUAGUAUGUAAAUAAAUGGAAGGCAAGCUUUAAUAUUAAGUAUGUUAAUUAUGAUUAUGGAAUGUAGAAAAAUUGUUACAAUGUAAAUUUGUUAUAGAUUAAGACUUAAUUGAGAUUCCGCUUCCUUAACAUUGAAUGCCAAUUUAUUACGUAGUAUUUGGACGUCGAUCCAAAUUAGCUAACAUUUGUGUUACUUUCUUUUGUAACGAAAAUGUUAAUAACUUUUAUUUUUAGAUAAAUAUCUUCCACGUUAAACUAAUAUUAGAACACAACCAGUUUAGCGAAGUUGUUAUUGUAAGUCACAUUUCCAAAUUAGAGAGGUGGAAGAUUAUGCCAAAGUUCACUGUCAUUUAAAAUUACGUCACAGAAAAUAAGAAAAGUUUAAUUAUCCACCGUUGCGAACUAAAUAUGUGUUAUUUUAGUUUAAACAAAAUAAUUUUAGUUGUUUUGGUACAAACCGCCUUUACAUUCUGAAUGUUUCUAAUUGCACUAUAUAUUGUAAAAUUUUAUAUUUCUAGAUAUAACGUAAUAUUAUAAUUGUAGUGCACAAACUAAUGUCUGUUCGAUGUCGCCAUUGUGCAGUCAAUCUGGAUGGAAACAAACAAGUUAUGUAUAUAGUAUUGUAUCAUUUCUGUUAUGAUAAAAUGAAACUCAUGUUAACUGAUGACGAUGUUGAUAAUGUUUUAGAAAAUCUUUUAGUGCUUUUUCCUAAAGGUACCUUAAGCCACAAGGCACACGUAAUAUUAACCUCAAAACAAAUAUAAACACUGUUAAUCUAUUACAAGUUUUUU